UCAAUCACUUUGGAGUUCUCGUUAUGUCAUCACUUCAGUGGUUCUCUUCACUGCUAGUUUUCAUGUUUCCUUCCUGUUCGGCGUGACGCUUCCACACCACUUUCAGCCUCAGGUGCCGGAAAGUGCCCUGUGUUCCGUGGCAAGAGUUUAGGGUAUAUAAAGCGAGGGCGUGAAGGCAAGGCACAACAAGCACUCCAGCGAUCUAGCACUCACCACCUUUCUCCAGUUGGACUGCUAUCGUAUCGUGUUCCACCGUGGAUCAAAACCAACAACAAACCAACACAAUGGCUGACAACAACAAUGGUUUCUCGCUCACCAAUUGCUGUUUCUGUUUCUCAUUGAGGGCAGGUUCCAUCAUUAUCGCCUGCCUCAGUCUGAUCUUCAGUGUGGUGGGUGCCGGGUUCAGCAUCUACCUGGGCGUGAUAGGUGGUGCUGAGGGGUGGGUGGAUCUGGCCAUUGACCUCAUCCACUUGGUGCUGGCUUGCAUCCUCAUCCAUGGAAUUCGCACGGAGCAAGAGAGACUGUUGAGGGUGUGGGUGGUGGGCACUGGAAUCCUGGUGGGCCUGAGCAUCAUCCUGGGCAUCGUUAUUAUCAUCUUCACCAGCUCCUUCACCGCCGCCGUGCUUCUCCUAGUGGUGUCCGCCAUUCAGAUCUAUUUCCUGCUGGUGGUUCGCUCCUAUGCCCGUAGCCUAACUCUCCGUCUCCCCGUGGCGGCUUAAGUCGUGGCUGGCUGGCUGAGAAGGCUGGCAGUGACUGUGCAUGCCAGUUGUCAAGAGAGACCGCCGAGAUGUUCCAGGCAUUAUCUUACUUUAGUUACCGCUUCAUUUGUACGUUUUCUAUUAAUAUUGCUCUCGUUGCUUAAGGAGAAACUAUUCAUAAAGUCUUUGUUUUCUUGCAUCUUUAAAUGAUUUUUUAAGUUGUGAGAUUAUGAUGAUGAUAAUGUGGCAAAAUAACUUUAUAAUAAACACUCAAUAA